CUCGCCGCGCCGCGGCUGGGCGGGAGGGCACCGGGAGGCCGGCCCGACAUGCUGCGGCGCAGCGCGAGGAGCAGCACAGUGCUCCUGGUCUUGCUGCUGGCGGUGCCCGCCCCCGCCAAGCGCGCCCGCUACUACGAGGAUGAGGGCGCGGCGCCGCAGCGGCCCUUGGGGCCCGCUUUGGGGCCCGCCCUGGGGCCGACGUACCGCCGCCGCGACCUGGCCGACGUGUGGGAGUCCUACGAGGACGGCCCGCGACCCGCCGCGCUGAGCAUGCGCCGGGAGUACCGCCCGUACGGGACGUACUGGACCCUGGCCGACGACGCGCCGCGUCCUGCUAGCGCCCCGCGGUACCCGGAGGAGGGCUACUACAUCCGGCGUCGGUUCGCGGCCGCCGCGCCGCGCAAAGCCGACGACGGGUACCCGGGCGAGCCGUACGGCGGCCGAUACGCAGUGCGGUGGGUGCCCGUGCGGGUGGACGCGGACCAGGACCUCCAUCAGGACGACGCCGACGACGCGCCGCCGUGGCCGGAGCGCCGCAAGGAGCCGCCGAGGCACCUGGCCGACCUACCCGUCGACGACCUGCCCAGGCGGGGACGACGUCCGGUCGAGUUGACGGCGACCGAGCAGCCGAGGCCAAGCCGACGGCCGCCUCCGGAUGCCACCACCGAGGACACGACCGCCAAGCCCUUGAACGUGCACUUGUGGGUGUCCGUCGACGAGAAGACGCCCCUCUUGGUGCCCAGCGUCCUGCAGGCCAGCCAGCCGCCAGUACCCCCACCUUCGCCGCCACCAACACUACCACCGUCCCCACCGCAGCAGUCACCGCAGCGCAGUGCCGCUCCGCGGACGACAUGA